UGCACGUUUACAGAGUUGUGAUUUUCCCAAGUAUCCAGUCUCGAUGCGCAAAGCAUUAAUGCUGUAACUUGCAUAAUGUUUAGUUUGGGUGAAGAGUGAGUCAGCAUUCCGUAACUUGACACGAAAUAAAACGUUGGGGUACAAGCUGGGCGCGUUGUUAAACACUCUGUCCCUGCUGCCCCCUAGUCUUUACUCUAAUUCACGUGAAGGUAAAUGGAAUACUGUAUUUCCAAUGUGCGGUAAUGUAAUUUAUCCAGUGCGGAGAGGCGGUCUUUUCUGGAGAGAUCGCGACGUGAUAUCUGCAGCCGAGUCGAACGCAUGAACUGCUGGGAUGAAUACAGAAAAUUUCUCACUGUGUGAAAAGAUAGUCUCCCCUUCAUACAUUCGCCAAGGUUUACAGGCCCAUCGCACACAUGAGCACUUAAUUCGGCUACUAAUAGAAAAGGGUAAGUGUCCAGAAGAUGGAUGGAAUGACAGUACUAUUGAACUUUUUCUACACGAGCUGGCUAUUAUGGAUAGCAACAACUUCCUCGGUAAUUGUGGAGUUGGAGAGAGGGAAGGAAGAGUGGCCUCGGACCUUGUUGCUCGAAGGCAUUACCGGUUAAUGCAUGGGAUUGGAAGGUCGGGUGAUAUUGCAGCUAUUCAGCCGAAAGCAGCAGGAUCCAGCCUCCUGAAUAAAAUUACAAACUCCCUGGUGUUGGAUAUUCUUCGAAUUGCAGGUGUUCGAAGUGUUUCGAGCUGCUUUGUUGUUCCAAUGGCAACAGGAAUGAGCCUGACUCUUUGCUUCCUUGCAUUACGCCACCGGAGACCUAAAGCAAAGUUUAUCAUAUGGCCAAGGAUUGAUCAAAAAUCGUGCUUCAAAUCCAUGAUCACAGCAGGUUUUGAACCUGUAGUGAUUGAGAAUCUGCUCGAGGGAGAUGAAUUACGCACAGAUCUGCAGAGUGUGGAGAGCAAGAUCCAACAGCUGGGGGCAGAAAAUAUUCUUUGUAUUCAUUCCACUACCUCUUGCUUUGCACCUAGGGCUCCUGACAGACUGGAAGAGCUGGCUCAGAUUUGUGCAAAAUAUGACAUCCCUCACAUCGUCAAUAAUGCUUAUGGAAUCCAGUUGUCCAAGUGCAUGCAUCUUAUUCAGCAGGGAGCUCGCAUUGGUCGAAUAGAUGCCUUUGUACAGAGUUUAGACAAGAAUUUCAUGAUUCCUGUAGGUGGUGCUGUAGUUGCUGGUUUUGAUGAUGUCUUCAUUCAAGAAAUCAGCAAAAUGUAUCCAGGUCGAGCUUCAGCUUCACCCUCGUUGGAUGUUCUUAUAACCCUGCUGUCGCUUGGUGUGAAUGGAUAUAAGGGCCUCUUAAAAGAGAGAAAGGAAAUGUUCACUUAUCUUUCCAGUGAACUAAAGAAGUUGGCUGAAGCUCAUGGUGAAAGACUUCUGGAGACCUCAAAUAAUACUGUAUCUCUGGCAAUGUCCUUAAAGAGAUUCAGUGAGAAGAAUGACAAGGCUGUCACUCAGCUUGGAUCUAUGCUUUUCACCAGACUGGUAUCUGGAGCCAGAGUUGUUCCAGUUGGCUCUAAACAAGAUAUAAAUGGCUAUUCUUUUCAAGGAUUUAUGUCUCACAGUAGUUGCUACCCGUGCCCUUAUUUGAAUGCUGCAUCAGCUAUUGGAAUGAAAAAACAAGAUGUGGACCUUUUUAUUAAGAAGCUGGACAAAUGUCUCAAGUAUUUGUUGAAAGAGAAUGGAAUUUCAGGAACAGAAAUGGAAAUGGGAACGGCAGUGCUAGAAAAUACCAAAGAUGUUGAUACCGAGCACUUGUCAGAAACUCUUCAAAGUAGUCUAAAAGUUGGGGCUGAUGAGAUAAAUCAGCCUCUGUGAUGCCUUUCAAAUCACUGGCCUUGCUCAGUUCAGUGAAUGUUCUGAAGUGCAUGACUGCAAAAGUAACACUGAUGUGGAAUUAUGGGAUGAUUCUGAUUCAUAUCAGAGAAGCUCAUGCUUCUGUGAUAGCCAGGCAAGAAUGGUGAAGCAAAAAAAAUGAAUUAGUGUAAUCUAUAACUAAUUAAUUGUCAAUUAGUUUAAUAUGUAUAUUUUGCAGCUAGUGUUUAGAUUGGGUGUUGGAGGAAAAAGGACAAAAUAAAAAAAUGGAAAAUAAUUGAAAGCGUUUUUGGAUUUGUGCUAGCACUGCAGAAAUAUCCUUUAUGUGCUUUCUCCCGAGUAUUUAGGAUAACUUGUCAAAUGUGUUUGACGUUGCACUGUUUUGUUUAUUAAAAGCUGUUAGAAUAUGUGUAUGUAAAAAUGAAUCUUGUGAGUAUGAAAAAUAUUUAGCAACUGUGAGGGAUUUGUGUUUUCUUAAGAUGAGAGUUGGGAAUAAUGAAUGAUGCAUUUCUUUUUAUCUGCGGGAUUAUUUGGUGGCCCAGCAUUGCCUUAAGAAACCACUUAUCUCCUUUGCACUAGGUAGUAUUGGGCUUCAGCUCUUCAGACACUUGUCAAAUCAAAUCCGUUAUAGACUACAUGGAAAAAAGCCAGACAUCAUUUCACUUGAGACCCUUAAAAGGCUAUACUGACAGAGUUAACACCCUCAAAGUAAGUUAUCAUUCUGCAACAGGAUUAUAGACCAGGAACCUAGUUCUAUUUGGGGCUCAACUGCACACAGGCUAAAUUGUUGAUUUUUUUUUUCUCUUGCUCUGCAGUGUGAAUGUCUCUUGCAGUUGAGAUUUAAGUUUAAAAGAGAAGUAAAUAUGAUUUUCAUUUUGAUAGCAUUUGAAGAGUCUAUAAGGCCACUUCUGUUCCAAGAAGAAGAAAGAGAAUAAUGGGACCAAAUAAUGAGGUAGUUCCAUGUAUUGCACUUGUACUUUAAGCUCUAAAUGGAAGAGAACAGAGUAGUCAAUUCCAAAUGCCUUCAUAAUGUUUUCCAAUUCUGCUCCAGUCUCAGCUUAUCUAAUGAUAAAACCUUUGUCAAUCCUUCUUAUCUUAAGAUUUGAUUAUUGCAAUUUUGCGCCAGUCAGCUUCACUUAUUUGACCUCUAUGAAUUGUGGUCCUUUGUUGUAACUUAUACAAAGUGCUGUUCCCUUGUUCUGUUCACCCAGCAACCUAUGCAGGCUCCGGGUUUAGCCGUGCCUCGGUUUUGAAAUUCUCCCCUUUGCUUUCAACUCCUUUCAUUGCUUUACUUUUCCCAAACUUUGUAAUCGUGGCGACUUCUAAAACACUCCCAGAUCUUUUGCUGUUAAGUCUGAGCUAGUGUAUUUCUUCAUCAAACCUCCAUUUUAGUUGCUGCAUUUUUGACAACUAGAUCUUAAGGUGCUGAGGUCCCAUGACCAGGAACUCCUCCUCUCUACUUCCCCUUUUCAUUGAUCACUGCACCCAAAUUCUUGGUCAAAGACCCGAAUACUGUAUCUCCUUGCUGUUUGAUGUAAAACUCCUGUGAGGCAUCUUGGUGUGUUUUGCUACAUGAAAUAAUCUGUGAAGGUGGUAUAAACAUGUUGAAAGCCAAAAAAAAUUGUAGAUGCUAGAAACCUGACAUAAAAUCAGAAAACUCAGGGAAUACUCAGCCUGUUAGACAGCAUAUGUGGAGGGAGAAAUAAAAUUAAAAUUCCAAGUCAACGACUAGCAUUAGAAGAUAUAACAUUGCUGAUUUUUUUCAGUAAAGGAGUUGAGAGACUGGGCUUUCAAACAGUGCUAAUGCAUAUAAUUGUGCUACACUUACAGAUGGAGUAUAAAAUGAUAACGAGGGUGAAAGUGUUGCUGGUGGUCAGAAUCAGUAUUACAAACCAUGUUGUAAUACAACUGCAAUCUUCCUCUUUCAUCACAUUAGUGACACCAUGGAAAUACUGUGCUGUAAUGCAGGAAGUUCAACAGACAAUCUCAUGGAGAAGUCAAACCAUCAAGGAUGCUGCCAGUACUGGAGGACCUGAGUUACAAGAAAGAUUAAAUAAGUUAGGACUUUAUUCCUUGGAACGUAGAAGAUUGAAGGGAGAUUUGAUCGAAGUAUACAAAAUUAUGAGAAGUUUAGAUAGGGCAAAUGCAGGCAGACUUUUUCCACUGAGGUAGGUUAGACAAUAAUUAGAGGUCAGGGGUUAAGGGUGAAAGGUGAAAAAUUUAAGGGGAACAUAAGGGGAAGCUUCUUGUGUCCCGCACUGCAACGAGCUGGCACUACAAGUGGUGCACGCUGGCUUGAUUCCAACAUUUCAGAGAAGUUUGGAUCGUUACAUGGAUGGUAGGGGUAUGGAGGGCUACAGUCUGGGUACAGGUCGAUGGAAGUAGGCAGUUGAAAUGGUUUGACACGGACUAGAUGGGCCGAAGGGCCUGUUUCUGUGUUGUAUUUUUCUAUGACUAUCACUGAUUUUUUUUUUGCUUUAUUAUUUGCAUUAUUAUCUCCAAUUUUCAUUUAACGCACCUUUUUUUUUACUUCCCUGAUAAUUGAGCUGAGAUAAGGAUUUUGGUGCCCCCUCUGUCAAUUGGCUUCUUGUCGUUCACUCUUCUUAAACAGGCUAGAAACUCGGAAAUAUUAACUGAAACCACAUCCUUUUCACCCUCCUAUGCUUGGCCCCUUGUCCACCAAUACUCUUCUGCUACUUUACUACUGAAGAUCACAAAACUCAGUACCGUUUUUAUCCUUCCUCUCCUAUCAAUAUGUUUAAUUGAGAUUUCAGAUGCCAUGAUUAUGUAUUUCUCUUAGUAUUGCAAUAGCAAUAUAUUGGCCAUAUGUGUCAAAUAUUGUUAGUAAACUAUUUUAACAUCCACAUAACGUAGCUGCGAAACUUUUUUAUCACUGUUGUAUUUUUUGAUCCACUAAACAGAAAUGGCUUUAAAAUUGCACUUUGGGGUACUAGUAC